AUGACAGGCCGUCAAAAUGAAUACUUUAUUCCGGGCGAUGGUAUCAGCCGCGAGGUGAUCCAAGCAGAUAUCUGUCGCUAUCUUGGAAAUGAUGCUCUCGUGAGACCCGGAAACCACAAUGGCCGCCCGGGUUUCUUCAUCCGUGCCUAUCGGAAUCUCACAUCUGAGAUGAUUGCUGAUUUGAAAGCUGACUCCGCUCGUUGGGAGGCGGACGUGUCCCGGCGGGCUGAUUUAGGCUAUCCGAGAGGUAGUUACGUUCAAGAUAUGAACAUUUCUCAUGCCCCUAACACUGUCCCAGCGAACUAUGCCUCAUCAGGCAUGCAUGAGGUUCGCCAGCAACAACAACCACAACAGGGGCCUUCCCCUACCACUUUCAGUGCUGCUCCCGCACAACAGUACAUGGACCCCUACUCCCAGACUCCACACACUCGCCAUACGGAUCAGGCCAGGCCCCAUACCCCCCCGCCUCAGGUCUCCUAUUCUGGCUCAUCCCAGCCGGUUGUGACAGCUGCUGAUAUGCAUCCUUCUUCCUAUACCUACUCGAACACUGGCUACGGUUACGAGGGCGGUGGCCGAAAUGCCCCCCGAUACCCAGGACCUGGUUAUGAUGCCGAGUCGGACUAUUCCCCCGUGACUUCCGGGAUGGCGUAUCCUACCACUACUGCCCCAGACCCUCGGAUAGGAAUGGAGCCAAGAUACACACCGGAAUACGAGCGCAGUAGGCCGCAGCCAGCCCGCGAACGGGAACCCCAUCGUCGGCGGUAA